AUGUCCCACCAGCGCUCUUUAAACACGAAUCAAUCAGGUUCAGUCAUUAAUAAAAAGGUCGCGAAUCUUCCCUCCACUAAACUAACCACAAACUCCAGCAGCAGCGCAAUGAUCAGCAAAUCUCCAAAUCGUGGAUCGACAACUCUGUACAAGGAAGUUUCCACAGCUAGUGUAAAGCAGCCGAAAAGCAGCCUGCACCAAGCGACAUCGGCGUUGCCGAAAACACACACAACCAGCUCGACCAAACCUUUCGGAACAAAUGCCGCGUCACCAGCGACGGCGGCAUUAAUUGAGUUGGAUCGUGUCACCAAGACUAGCGAGAAGAACAAUUUAUGCAAUGCAACUUUGUCAAGCCAGAAACCAAUAAAGCCGUUGGCUUCAGCUCCAUUGCAUGUCGCACCAUCAGCAAUAGCGAAACAAAUACAGUUAAAGCCAAAACAGAAGUUGACAUCAGGUCAGAAUACAGUUUCUAAGUCUAGUCCGAUCAAGAAGAAUCUAAAUACGCAGCGCGAUGUAGUGCCUCCUACUGCUGCGGCUAACAAGUCCAGUACCAGUGGCUUUGCACACCACUCUCCGUCGACGAAUCUUUUAUCUUCUAUUGGAAAAUCG